AUGGAAAACAGUUAAUAAAGAGGGAAUAUAUUCUCUGCUGCAAAAUAGCAAAGCUAUAAAUCAAAGACUCCUUCUCAUGUCAAAAGAUACUCUGAAGGCAGCAAUCUAUUUUAGAUAAAACGGUCGCCUUAGAACAACAACUAUCAAUUCAAAAAUAUUAUAGAAAAAUUAGUGCUUGAGAAUGACAAAAAUAAGCCUGCUCAGGAUUAAGAAGGUUUCAAUAAUACAAAAAAUAAGAACUUCAAUGACUUCAGCACUAAUACGAAGGAUAUGAGGGGCAUCAAUCAGGUGCAAAGCUUCAGGGUGAAUGAACCAAAAUGGAAGAAGUAUCUUGAAAAGGAGAAUUCUUAGCAGAAGGCUUAGAUGAAGGUAGAUUAUAUCAAUAGGCUUGAUGACGAUAAUUCUGCUUUUAAUUAUAAUUACAAAGCAGAAAUUAGCAGUGGAAUUUACUAAAUCAAACCAAGACAAGAAGAGGAGUAGUUAAACAAGAGAUUACACAUCUUUUCAGAAGAGUAUUCAUUCAGAAGAAAAACAAGCUAAAGUUUGAUUGAGGAGUAGGCAAACUAAGACCAUUUUACUUUCAAUAGAAAAGUAGAACAGAGUUAUCACUAGUAGAAUCAGAGCAAAAACGAAUCUCCAAAUAAUUACUAUUCAAGAUUAACUACGACUUAAGCUGAUGGAGAAGAUCUGCACUUUGAGUCCCAGGAGCUUAAACUAAGUGAUAUCCUAAAAUCAGCAAACAUGAAGGAAUAAUAGCUUUUAUUCAGCAAGAGAUCAUCUAAUCCUUCUUCAAGCUAAAAAGACUCAAACACUUUUCUAAGUGAGAGAAAAGACUUUGAUUCAAACAAUAAUCCAAUUAAUGAUAAAUAGUCUUUAAAAAUUACUCCUUUCGAUUUAGAGAAGUAAUUGAAUUUGGAGCAUGUGAAUAAAGAUCCCACUGAUUAGGAUUAGUACGAUUCUGAAUAAAUAGAAUUUUAUGGUUGGUCCUUAUCCCCUAAAAGCAUCGGCAAGAAAUUUAGGGACUUCGAAUCUAACUUUAUAGCACUAGAUAGUAAGGAGGAGACAACACCUUUUAUAAGUAUUAAAGAACUGAUCUAUGGACUUAAUGAAUCAGAUAGUUCCAAUCAAGGCGAUUAAAUAGGCAAUACUAGCAAUGAUAUGAAAGAAUUUGAUUAAACUAAGGAAUAGUAAAUUGGUCUCAAUAUUACAUCUGGCUCAGUAAACGAGAAUCUUUUAGAUUCGUUCCAUGUUCAAAAUGAAGUCUAGUAAAGAGUGAAUUUGUGUAACGCCUCACCCGAGUCGUAGAAACGAGCUUAAAAUCACUUCACAGGUUUCUCAGACAAACUAUAGAGAGUAGCCAAUUAAAAGUCUCUUAACCAUAGAGUCUAGACUUAUAACUAGCAUUCACUUAUGCAAUUUAAGCAAAAAGCUGCGAUUGGGUAAUAAAAUGAAGUCAAAGUUUACUCAGGUUAAGGAGUCCUUAAAAAUUAGCAAUAAACAUAAAAUUCUUCAACAACUUAUUAAAGAUUCUUAUACAACUAUCAAGACAAUAACAGUCAGCUCUCUACAAAUAUGAAUUCUAAUUAAUUAUAAUAGUAGAAAACUCCUCAUGAUUCUAGUAGAGAUAUUGCUUAACAAAACAGAGCUUUAGGAUUAAGCAAAAGCAGUGAAAGAUUUAAAAAUUAUAAAUAACCUAAUCAGUUUAAGAAAUGA